AUGCGCAUCAAACGAGCGAAAGCCUACCGCAAGCUCAUGUCCCUCUAUUCGACGUCCUUCGGCUUCAGAGAGCCCUACCAAGUCCUCGUCGACGCCGAAAUCUGCAAAGCCGCGAUCCUCCAAAACCUCGCCCUCGCGACCCAGCUCGGCGCCGUCCUCCAGGGCACCGUGAAGCCCAUGAUCACGCAGUGCUGCAUCCACGAGCUCUACCUCCAGGGCAAGCCGCAGCAGCCCGCAGUCGACCUCGCCAAGACCUUCGAGCGCCGUCGGUGCAACCACCGCGAGCCGCUCGCAAGCGACACCUGCCUCGCCAGCGUCGUCGGCGAGACGAACAAGCACCGAUACGUCGUCGCAACGCAGUCGCAGGCCCUCCGCGCCGCCCUCCGCGCCGUCCCCGCCGUCCCGCUCGUGCACUUCAACCGCUCCGUCAUGAUCCUCGAGCCCCCCAGCACCGCCACGCUCGCCGCCAAGCGAUCGGUCGAAGAAGAGGCUCUCCACCCAUCCGCACCCGAGCUCGCCGCCCUGCCCACGUCGUUAAAAGACGACGCCGACGCCGACACCGAGCCCGUGCGCAAGAAGAGGAAGGGGCCAAAGGGCCCGAACCCGCUGAGCGUGAAGAAGAAGAAGGCGAAGCCCGACGCUGCUGCCCCGAAGCAGAUGCCAGCGGCGAGGGAGGAGGCGGAGGAGGCGGGCGAGAAGCGGAAACAUGUGGAUGAGGACGCCGACGAGAUUGUUGGCGCUGCAGAGCUGCCUGCGGUGGAUGGUGCGGGGCACAAGAGAAAACGGCGGCGGAAGACGAAUGCUCGUACCACUGAAGUUCCUGCAGGAACUGUAGCAACCCGUACCCCCAUAAUCUCAACAGCCUGA